CAAGUCACGCGCUCUCACGGCCCACCCCGGCCUCGCCCUUUGGCGGUGUGCGCCUGCGCUGCGGAAUGACGUCAAUGCUCGCGCAGCUUCCGUUGUUGUUGAGACAGAGACGGAGAGAGCGAGAGAGGAAAGGCCUUGAAGUUGCUGUGUUGAAAAUUCACAGCUGGAUAACAAGAUGAGACUCAGGAUUUGGCUGCCAGGAAUUAUUGGAAUUCUUCUUGGAUUGAACCUUGGAGUGUUGGGCCAGGUCACACCUACUCCAAAUUCCGGUUCAGGUUGUAGUGAUCCCAGCAACAUCAACUGUGAGCAAUGUCUGAAAAAUGUUUCGUGUCUGUGGUGCAAUGCCGACAAAAAAUGUGUUGACUACCCAGUGAGGACAAUCCUGCCGCCAAAGAAAUUAUGUCCACUGUCUGAUGCACGAUGGGGUGUCUGUUGGGUGAACUUUGAAGCUUUGAUCAUUGCUAUGUCAGUGGUUGGUGGAAUCCUUAUCUUGUCGCUGUGUAUCUGCUGUUAUUGCUGCUGCUGCAGGAGUCGGAAAAGCAAGAAAAACAACAGCAUAGAUCAGAAAAUGGAAAGGGAAAAAGAGCAGAGGAGGAUGCGGCAAGAAGAAAGGAAAAGUGAAAUGAAAGUCAGGCAUGAUGAAAUCCGGAAGAAAUAUGGCCUGUUCAAGGAACCAAAUUCUUACUCCAAAUUUGAAAACAACUAAUGCGAGUAAUGAAAACGACUCAGCGCCAAUCCAAGAAAGUCCAAAUGAAUAGUAUUCAAAUAGCUCAGUCUUUCAUUAUAUAUUGUACUUAACUAACCUCUCCCUCAAAGUCCCAGGAGCAAUGAAAUCAAACCAGGUUUGUUUUACUUCUCUGGGGAAGAGGGGCUUUUUUUUUUUAGAAUUGUCAAAUUUUGGAUCAAAUGGUGUUUAAUCUUGUCGGCAGAAUAAUUUCUAAUCCUGUAUCUCAAAGAUUCUAGUAUUUACACUGGGGAGAUUGACACCAGCAGUUCAAGCAAGUGUUGCAGAUGGACCAAGCCACUGUUUCUAGAUGCCCUAAUUCAGUUUUUUUUUUAACCAGAAUAAACUCAAAAUGUGAAAAGACUCAUUUAAAUCAUUUAAUUGGAUGUUUCUAGUAGGAUGUAUGUCCAAUUCCAGAACCAAGCUGUGCCAUUCACUGUCUUGCCCCUUUCCAGUCCAUGUGCAACGCAAGAUGGAAUAGAUGUUUUUAUCUUUGCCUUCGAUCCAGCUGAUCAAUAGCUUCUGCAGACCAGCAGUGCCAAUGGAUCUGAGAAAGUUCUCAUCAUACAGCCACUUAUAAACCAAAGAGUGCAAGAAGUUAAAAAUGCUGCAUUUCAUAAUGGCUAUGUGGAUGAGAAAAAGGGGUAUGGAUGAGGACUCAAACCAGUGCCUUUGUUUUUAAUGGAAUUUUGUUUGAGCUAUUGAAGAGGCCAUGUUUGUUUUCUAUUUCUUUGCACUCUGUAGAAUGACCAACAUAUUGGUGUCACAUUGCUUUAUUGUCUGUGGGAAAGCUACAAAAGUAAAUUUUUUAACUGCUGAAUUCUAAUAAAAAAUAAUUUUAAAAUGGGA